AUGUGGCGGUUUACCUACACAACUGCAGACGGCGUCAUGGCGGCCUACGAGCAAGUUCAAAAGGGGCCCCUGAAACUGAAAGGCGUUGCGGAGCUCGGCGUGACCAAGCGGAAGAAGAAAAAGAAGGACAAAGACAAAGCGAAACUCCUGGAAGCAAUGGGAACGAGCAAGAAGAACGAGGAGGAGAAGCGGCGCGGCCUGGACAAGCGCACCCCGGCCCAGGCAGCCUUCGAGAAGAUGCAAGAGAAGCGGCAAAUGGAAAGGAUCCUGAAGAAAGCAUCUAAAACCCACAAGCAGAGAGUGGAGGAUUUCAACAGACACCUGGAUACUCUCACGGAGCACUACGACAUUCCCAAAGUCAGCUGGACGAAGUAGCCUCCCCACCCGGGAUGUGGAGUGGCAUCACGGGCAGAUGGAGGGCAGAAUUGGGGCUAUGUUUGGUGCCUUCGAUAUUUUCUAGAAACAUCCUUUUACACACGCCCUUGCGGCUUCUGCUGAGACAAGUCCUGGCCAAGGCAGUGUGCCCUUGUUCUGGAACUCAAUUAAAGUAAGACUGUCCUUUUACUCUAUUUUGGUUUCUCGGUAGCAUAGAAGAAAACCUUUUUUCAGUUUGGACUAGGAAUUUUUUAAAAGUGUAUCCAGAGAUUAAGGUUAUUUCUGUGGGUUACAGAAAAGGGUCUUUGCCCCCAAACUGCAUCUGGCUCUGACAGUCAGCCAUCUUUUCUUGGAUGAAACGGACUCCAGGGGAUGAGGAGCUAAUGCUCGCGUGGCCUGCAGCUUACCCCGCCAGGCCCUGCGUGAACUCUCCUUCCAAGCUUCCUUCUGCGUGGGGCUUAUGCUGUUCCUUCCAGAGACUAGGGAAGCCAGUUGGACCUUCUUGGCCUUCAGAACGUCUCUCAGCCCCCCGGCGUGUGAGACCACGCAGCCUGGGAAGCAGAGCCCCCGCCAAAGGCAAGGAUGAAACGUACGCCUUGUCCCUGUCUGAGCCCCUGGCUGGCUUGCAGCCGCUUCCCCUAGAGCCCCCAUUCCAGAGGCAUCUAGAAGGUGUUGCCCUGGCAGACCUCUCUAAUCAGACACAGCAUUUUUGUAAUGGAACCCGGACACAGCCUGCUCACUGCCCUCUACCCUAGGCUCUGAGCAGCCUCUGUGUUUAUUCAGAGCUUCACUGGGCAUGUAGCCUGCUUGGCAUUUCUGGCCUAAGGACACCUGGCAGGGUGGGGUUGUGGGAGCAAGACCUGGGCUGAGCCCUGGCACUGACAGUACAAAGGGGAGGACCCAGGUCCUGGUGCCGGAGAGCCGGGAUCUCUUCUGAGGACCUACGUGUCCCUACCUGGUGAGGCUCAAACCACACAUACUUCUGGGAGGAAGUCCCAGGUAGUGAAAGGAUAACAAAGUCAAAAGAGGAAUCCCUUAGUGUUGGGUUUGGGGCUGUCACGGUGAACAGAAUAAAGCAAAAAAAUCGUUACUAAA